AUGAAAAGCCUUGAAGAAGCUGAACUUUGCUUUCCACAACUCCUCAACUCCUCCUGCAGGAAGACCAUGCGUCCUCUUUCUAUAUCUAUGCUCACUUACAUUUUACUGUCCUCCAUCUCGCUGCUCACUGUGACUCUGAACCUGUUGGUCAUCAUCUCCAUCUCCCACUUCAAGCAGCUCCACACACCCACCAACCUCCUCCUCCUCUCUCUGGCUGUCUCAGAUUUCUUCGUUGGCUUCCUCAUGUUCUUUCAAAUUGUGCUCAUAGACGGCUGCUGGUUCCUCGGUGACCUUGUGUGUAUUCUGUAUAAUGUUCUCGACUAUAUUAUUACCUCUGCCUCAAUAGGAACGGUGGUGCUCAUAUCAGUUGACCGAUAUGUGGCUAUUUGUGAGCCUCUACAUUAUUGCACCAAAGUCACACAAAAAAGAGUUAAGUUGUGUGUUUGUCUGUGUUGGAUAUGUUCUGCUUUCCUUAACAGUGUGUUGCUGAAGGAUAAUUUUGAACAUCCAGGCAGGUAUAAUUCCUGCUUUGGAGAGUGCGUCAUUGUCAUUGACUACAUUGCUGGACUUGCAGAUCUUUUUUUGUCCUUUAUUGGUCCUGUCACUGUCAUCAUAGUUCUGUAUAUGAGAGUAUUUGUGGUGGCUGUGUCUCAGGCUCGUGCCAUGCGAUCUCAUACUGCAGCUUUCCCUCUCAAGUGUUCAGUGAGUGUAACUGUUAAAAAAUCUGAAAUGAAAGCAGCCAGGACUCUUGGUGUUGUUAUUGUUGUGUUUCUAUUGUGCCUCUGCCCAUAUUUUUGUUUUUCACUUACAGGACAGGACACCUUGUUUAAUGCCUUAUCUGCUGCCUUUGUAAUAUGUCUGUUCUAUUUCAACUCCUGUCUUAACCCUGUGAUAUAUGCCUUUUUCUACCCCUGGUUUAGAAAAUCUAUCAAGCUCAUUGUUACACUUAAAAUACUGCAGCCUGCCUCAAGUGAGAACAAAAUAAUGUAG